CUGUGUUUUAGUGUGGAAAACACGCGUAUAGACCGGCUUUUGAUCGUUUAUCUGUCUGUUAGGAGCUAACAUUGUCAGGAUGGAUGUUUCCGAUGGCGGAGUUGCGGACGUAUCCGAGAAACUGGAGAAGUCUUUGUCCAUGGAUACAGAUGACAAGAUGGAAGCGUACCACAGAUUCAUUCAAAAUGGAAAAGAUGUUGCCAGACAAGGGGACAUGAACAAUGCACUGAAGUUUUUCAAGUUGGCGUACAACAUCCACCAGAGUCAAAAACUUGAAAGCAGGAUUAAGAAAAUUGAAGAACUUAUUUCUCAGGAAGACUCUGAGGAGGACGAUGAAGAGUUUGUCAAUGUAAACAGCAGUGGUUUAAUGCUUUUUAAAGAUUUACAUGACAAACUUUAUGACUACCAGAGAAAUGGAGUGGCCUUCUUAUACAGCCUCUACCGAGACGGUCUUAAAGGUGGGAUCUUGGCAGAUGACAUGGGCCUUGGUAAAACCAUCCAGGUGAUAUCAUUCCUCUCUGGAAUGUACGAUAACGAGCUGGUUAAACACACACUGCUGGUCAUGCCAACUUCACUCAUCACAAACUGGACCAAGGAGUUUGCCAAAUGGACUCCUGGCAUGAGAGUCAAGGAGUUUCAUGGUGCCAGCAAAGGGGAGAGGACCAGGAAUUUGGAGAAAGUUCAGAGGAGAGGUGGUGUCAUUAUCACCACAUACACUAUGCUUAUGAAUAACUGGCAGCAACUGUCAUCAUACCAUGGAAGUGAGUUCACAUGGGACUAUAUGAUCCUGGAUGAGGCACACAAGAUAAAAACAACAACCACCAAAACAGCAAAAAGUGCCAGUGCCAUACGUUCAAAAAACCGAGUUCUUCUCACAGGUACGCCGGUCCAGAACAACCUGACAGAAAUGUGGGCUCUAUUUGACUUUGCUUGCCAAGGUACUCUGCUCGGGACAGCUAAAACAUUCAAAGCAGAGUAUGAGAACCCCAUCACUCGUGCCAGAGAGAAGGAUGCAACUCCAGGGGAAAUGGCUCUUGGGUCACGCAUGUCUGAAAACCUCAUGGCCAUAAUACAACCCCACUUCCUCCGUAGGACAAAAUCAGAAGUGCAGAAGAACAAAGCAAACAAGGAGGGAUAUUCAGACAACAAGGACAGUCAAGUCCCAAACUCUCCAAAAGACUCUGGAGCUGUCAUGCCCACGCUGACAAGAAAGAACGACCUGAUUGUCUGGACUUACCUGAGCUCUGUUCAGGAAGACAUAUACAGGCAGUUCAUUUCACUGGACCACAUCAAGGAGCUGCUCAUGACCAGCAGGUCACCUCUAGCUGAAUUAAGUAUUCUGAAAAAGCUGUGUGACCACCCAAGGCUGCUCUCUGCUGCAGCCAUAGCCAAGUUAGGCUUGGAGAAAAGCAACACUGAAAGUGAGCAGACUGACGACAUGGAGACAGACACAGCUCACAGCAUUGCUAAUGUUCCUGACGACACCUUAAUAUCUGAGUCUGGGAAACUUGUCUUUCUCUUUGCACUUCUUGAAAGGCUCAGACAAGAGGGCCACCGCACACUCGUCUUUGCUCAUUACAGGAAAGUGCUUGACAUCAUUGAACGCAUCCUGGGCAACAGAGGCUUCAAAGUUAUGAGACUAGAUGGCACGAUAACACAGAUUGCAGAGAGAGAGAGACGCAUCACUCUGUUCCAGACAGACGAACGUUAUUCUGUCUUCCUCCUGACCACCCAGGUUGGAGGAGUUGGCAUCACUUUGACAGCGGCAAACCGAGUUGUGAUCUACGAUCCCAGCUGGAACCCAGCAACAGAUGCCCAGGCUGUUGACAGGGCAUACCGCAUCGGCCAGACUGAAAAUGUUGUCAUCUACCGGCUGAUCACCUGUGGCACAGUGGAGGAGAAGAUAUACAGGCGUCAGAUUUUCAAGGACUCCCUCGUCAGACAGAGUACUGGAGAUAAAAAGAACCCUUUCCGCUACUUCAGCAAGCAGGAACUGAAGGAGCUCUUUAUUCUGCAGGAUACGCGGUCCUCGUCCACACAGAUGCAGCUUCAGGCCCUGCACUGCAAACACCGACGGACAGACCCUGACUUGGACGAGCACAUUGCCCACCUCCAUGCCAUGGAAAUAUUUGGGAUCUCUGACCACGACCUCAUGUUUUCCCUCAAUGUCAACCAUGACACGGCCCCAGAGGACCAAGAGGCGCACCACUACAUUGAAGAGAGGGUCCAGAAGGCCCAGGAGCUGAUGAAGGCUGAGUCAGAGUUACAGAUGCAACUGGCAGAGAGCAUGGCAUCAAGCACAGAACCAGCUUGGCUCAGACAGCCAGUAGAGAACAACAACACGGAGCGCUCUCGUGAAAAAAAAAGGGGAAAUUCAAGGCAGAGUCCGUCCUAUCUACAACAUGACAGUAACUUUAAUGGAUCACCGAUAGUGGUGGAGUUGGACCAGUCUGGUUCUAGCAAGGAAGAUGGCCAACAGAAUCUGACAGACAGAGUUAUUGAUUUAACUGCAGAUGAGAGUAUGACAGAAGAACAACAUGUUGCAGAAGUAAGCCAUGGCAAGCUUGCUGAGCAGGACCUGGAUUCCCCGAAACACCAGCCUGUCAAGCAGGAGAGCAGUUUCAUGGAAGCAGCAGAAGCCUCUCCUCAGGAGGUGACUGAGGAGUCUUUGGUGGCCACUGAGGCUGCAUCAGGUGAUUUGGCAGAUGUUUCAGUUCAAGAGGUAAUGGAUGAGUCUACAGUAUCUGAGACUGCAGCUGCUCCAACAAGUGAUGCCAGCCUGGUGUACGAUACAGCAGUUGAAGAUGAACAACUGCCUAAUGAAACUUCACACUCAAAAUAUGACUCCAAAAUGGAUUUGGGGUAUCUACAAGGCACACCCCUGCAGAACAAAAUACUUUCUGUCUCGCGAGCGUCCAAUUCCAGCUUCAAAGCAGACACAUCGUCCAAAGUCAGCACAGGCCUCGAAUCCUUCCAGGGUAACUUCAAUUUACAGCUCGAGGACAGUGACAUGUUCUCAGACCUUGAUGUUUUGGAUCAUCAGGAGACCGAAGCACAGGAAAGGAAGUUGCUUUCACAACUGCAGAUGGAGGGAAGUUUUGACGUGAAUAAAUCCCUUUCUGAGAGACAACAUAAAGAAGCACUUAGGCAAAGUCUUAACAACAUCCAGUCUUCUGAAACGGAUGAGUCAAUGAACGAUUCCAUUGUUACUACCAAGAAGAAAAGAGCAGCAGUGAUUUCAGAAAGUGAAGAAGAAGAUGAUGAUGAUUAUGAUAGACAGGAGUUGAGCAGGAGACAACUUGACAACUCCUUCCAGCUUCUUGGAGCCUCCACACCUAAAUCAACUCCCUCUAGCUCCAACCCGCUCCGGUCAAGAAAGAGCAUUGGAGGAAACACCUCUGUGGCCUCACACCGGGCCCUCCUCCAGUCCUUCAUUGAAGACAUGAAGAACCACAACCAAGACACGGAGGAUGAGGAUGAAGGCGAUGAUGAUGAUGAUGAUAAUGAUGAUGGCGACCACGACGACCACAACGACGACGAUGACUUUUCAGAAAGAAAUUCUGAUCAGGCUGAAGAGGACAACAUCAUUGGUUCAACCCAUGAUGAGUUUCAGCUGGAGGAGACCAUUGGAGAGACAUUAAACACAGAGGGCGAGGAGGAGGUAGAGGAGGAGGAGGAAGAAGAAGAAGAAGAGGAGGAGGAAGAAGAAGAAGAAGAAGAGGAGUUCUCAGAGUCAGCAGAUGCCAUUGAUGAGUCGGGAGAGGAAAUUAGCGACAACGUGGAAGAAUCAACAAACAAGCCUGGAUUAGCCUCCUCUGAGAGGUGCGGCAUCGAUGCAGGAGCCAACACAAACGGCACAAAAGACAUCGUCAUGUCCGAGGAUGAGAGCUACGACUUCCUGGUCAGUCGAGGGAGAGCGCACUACAACGAAGGGAAGCUGGAUGACGCCCUGAGCCUCUUCCUGAGAGCUAUUGACAUUAAACCCGGAGAUCCUGAAAUUCAGCUCAUGACCAUCCAGCUGUACCGGCAGCUAAGUCAGAGAAGUUAACUCUCGAGAUCAAUUCUCCAGUGGAAAAUUACCUCUUCCACUAUCUGAAAUUAGCGCUGCCAACUGGCAAAUACUGUUAGCGACCACACCUAAUAUAAUAAUAAUCUAAUAUACAGACUGUCUCCUUUAACGUUCUGCUCAUACUCCAGUUCUAUGCUUCAAAAACUACAGCUUGUACUUUGAAUUUGUCUUUUUGAACUACCAACUUGAUCCACGUCUGUAAGUUUUAAGGUAACGCACAGUUCCAGAACCUUUGCACAAGAUAACAUUGAAAACAUUGACAUGACAAGAUUUUCUGUAAAAUUUGAAUGUUUGUCACCUGCACACAAAUAAAUGUUGCAAACAUGCAGUUAGUGUAUUGUUGCUGCUGGCAUGUGUGCUUACAGAGAUGACAGUAGCUCAGCUGGUUCAGGUUAGUCAUGUUACCUGUUUAUUAAACCACACCUGGUUACAUGUUCAUUUUAUUUUGAUGGGAAGUGUUUUCAUUCAUCCAUUAUGAUAAACAGUAACAUUUUAUUUCCCCUUAUCUGUUAAAUCAAGAAAAAAAGAUUUAAUUCUAUAACCUGUACUUGUAUAU